AUGGUGGUUGAUCUUCGAGGCAUUUUUUCGACAACUGCAUCGGGCCGAAUACUUUUCACCUCCUCCACAACUACCCACUCACACACACACACUCUCUCUCUCACUUUCUCUCACCCUCCCUCUUUUCUCUCUCUCCCUCUCGGUAUCUAUCUAUCUAUCUAUCUAUCUAUCUAUCUAUCUAUCUAUCUAUCUAUCUAUCUAUCUAUCUGGAUGUCUUUACGUAUAUCUAUCUGUGUCCUUUCUAUUUUCAUAUCUACCUCAUCUAUCUACCCGACCAGUUAUAUGAUACUUGACAAUCUAGUUAUUUUUCGAGAAUUGCGUAGAACCGAAAACGUUUCACCGUCCCUUCAAAUAUCCAUUCCUUCCUAUCUAUCUAUCUAUCUAUCUAUCUAUCUAUCUAUCUAUCUAUCUAUCUAUUUCUGUAUGUUCAUUAUCUAUCUAUCUAUCUAUCUAUCUAUCUAUCUAUCUAUCUAUCUAUCUAUCUCAGUAUGUUCUAUCUAUCUAUCUAUCUGUAAAUAUAACGCGAGUUCUCAACACCUGCUCAACUACUUGAGUGAGUCCUGGGAACGAGACGGACAAGGAAAACUAAUUUGCCCUCUUUUUCUUCCGGCGAUUUCGAAAACUGUUAUAUUCCUACGCACAGUGAGAGGUGAAAUAGCGUACAGUGAAUGA